AUGCUAGGCGAUCACGCGAACCUGCUCGUCCUCGAUUCGCACCGAUCGAUCCAAACGCGUACCUUGCAACGCUACGCCGAACCGACCCUACGUGCGCUGAUCCGAGAAUGUCACCACCUCGCCGAUCCGGUCGAACGUGCCGUUAGGAUGUACGACCCUUCCCAGGCGUCCCCGAACGCGAUCCCCGAGAUGCCGCAAGACGUGUUCGCGGAGAUGAGGUUACUUUCGCUCGCGUUGCAGAGGAAUCGUAGAGCUUUGGAGGUGUAUGCGUUGCAGAGGAUCGAGAUUCUCAAGACGAGGUAUUGGGAAAUGGGCGGUAAUUUGGGUAAAGCGUUUGGAACGGGCACGGAGGUGAGAGGACAUAUGGUCGUGGUCGAUGAGGCGUUCGCCAAGGGGUAUGCGGAUUUGUGCCUCAAGUUCAAGACGGGCCUUUAUAACGAUCCGGAUGAUGAGGACGACGAUGAGCAGGAGGACGGGGACGGGGAUGAGCAAGACGAGGAAGGCAAUUUGGAACUAGACGAAGAAGAGGACGAUUAUGAAGGGAGAGAAGAGAGACGGGCACACCGACAGCAACGACGACCACGUCAACGACCACGACGAGGGGGAGCGGUCGCCGGCGAACCAACCAGUCUGAUGGACGCGAUCGACCUCUUGGGAGGAGGGAUCGACCAAGAACCGCCCAAGGAUUUAUUCCUCAGCGUGCGCGUGCUCAAGGACGUCGGCGAUGUCGAGACCUUGUCCGGUGCGAGGUUGAGUCUGACCAAGGGUAGUCAGUACUUUUUACCGCGCGAGGACGUCGAACAGAUGGUCGUCUUGGGCGAGGUCGAGGUGAUUAAUUGA